GCCUCCCCACACAAGCAACAGGGACGGGACGGAGGGCAGCUGACAGCGGGGAGCUUGCGCAGUGAAGCCGCCCGCCCUUUCCGCCCCGCCCGCCUCCCCUGCGGCCCCGAUGGCGGCGGGCGGCCCCGAGGCGGCCCAGCAGCAAAUUGAUGAAGUUGAAGCCCUCUCAUCCAUAUAUGGCGAAGAUUGGUGUGUGGUUGAUGAGGACGAAAAAAUCUAUUGCAUUAAGAUUAGUGACUGUCUGGACCAGCCCAAAUGGACGCUCUGCCUGCAGGUGAUUUUGCCUCCAGGAUAUCCAACUGCAGAGCCACCUAUUUAUCAACUAAAUGCCCCUUGGCUUCGAGGAGAGGAGUACACAGAACUAGCAAAUAGCUUGGAAGAAAUAUAUAUACAGAACCUUGGUGAAAGUAUUCUUUAUUUAUGGGUGGAGAAGAUACGGGAAGUUCUAGUAGAAAAGGCACAGUCAGCAGAUCCAGAACCAGAUAUUAAGAAAACCAGUGAAGAAGUUGAUGAAGAUAAUGGAGAUGAUUUUCUCUUAGACUAUCAGUCUGUUCAGGAAGAUCCAGAUAAAUUGUUAAAUUAUAUCACCUCUGAAAGUCAAGAAGAUGAAGAGCUGCCAUCCAUACAUCAUGGAAACCCACUCACAGACAGAAGGAGCACUUUCCAGGCACAUCUGGCUCCUGUGGUGACAACCAGACAAGUAAAGAGAGUUCUUGACAAAUUAUAUGAGAAUAAGAAAAUUGCAAGUGCUACCCACAACAUAUACGCAUACAGAAUAUACUGCGAAGAUAAGCAGACAUUCUUACAGGACUGUGAAGAUGAUGGGGAGACAGCAGCAGGUGGACGUCUUCUUCAUCUCAUGCAGAUUUUGGAUGUCCACAAUGUGUUAGUCGUGGUAUCCCGCUGGUAUGGAGGUAUUCUCUUAGGACCAGAUCGCUUUAAACAUAUCAAUAAUUGUGCAAGAAACAUCCUUGUGGAAUACAACUAUGUACAUUCAGUGGAUGAAUCAUCUAAACAAGCAGGAAAGAGCAAAAAGACAAAGAAGGACAAGAAGAGAACAGAAUACUAAUUUAUUUUAAAAAACUAUAAAAAGAUUACUUUGCACAUAUUUAUACAAAGGAAACGUGUACAUUAUUGUCUUACCAAAUACAACAGACAUUUUGUAUUCAAAAGAAUUCAGUAAAGCUAUAGAUAUGUUUUCA